AUGCAUAUGGCGGACAAAGCACCGAAUGCUUGUCUCGUGUUUCUGGUAAAAACAGACUCCAUUCAAACAAGGCCUGUUAGAGAUACUGUAGAUUUUGAUGUGGAGGAAGUGGGCUUCAAAGGAAGAACUCGCUUACUUCCCAUUCGAAACGGCAGCGAUCUUCUUCUUCCAUAUGCCCGAACUCUUACUAGACACUUCUCUAGCGUCUUGCUUCGACCCCAGCUUUUACGACCUCGAACUCCGCCCUGCUAUCCCAAGCCGAUCACAUCAAACGAUACUUGUGUGGCUAAUGUGAAUAAUGCUGCUUUGCAGGCUGGACUAUUAUAUAAUCGCCUUCUUCUCUCACAAACAAAGCGAUUUGUACGUGCUUGCUGUCUCUUAUGGCGUCGUAUGCAUCUUGUUAUGCCAAGACGGUAA